AUGGCAUUCUCAGCGGUCCCUGCCACCUCGGGCGCCUCCAUUGCUGCGGCUGCCACCAACACGGACGUUUGUCGCGUCGCCGUCAAACUUCUGCCGUUUUGGGCAGAGGCGCCUGACGUGUGGUUCACUCAAGUCAAGGCGCAGUUUUCCACGGCACGCAUCACCCAGGACCGGACGCGCUAUGACUAUGUCGUCGCCCAUCUAGACUCUCGCUAUGGGGCUGAGGUUCGCGAUAUACUUGCGAAUCCCCUGGCUGAUGACUGUUACCUACACCUGAAGAGGGAACUGAUCCGCCGGCUCUCACCUUCACAAGACGAGAAGGGGUGUCACCUACUCCAGCACGAAGAACUCGGUGGCCGCAAGCCAUCGCAGCUCUUGCGUUAUAUGCGUGACCUUUUGGGCACCCAAGUCGACGAGUCCCUCCUCCGUAUCAUCUGGCUUCAGCGUCUACCCUCACAUGCGCAGGUCAUCCUCCAGGUGCAGCCGAAUCUGCCGCUGGACCAGCUCUUUCACAUCGCUGAUCAAGUCAUCGAGAUUCCAUUGCCAGCAUCGCCUCUCACCGUCAACGCCGUUGACACCCGACAGUCCAGCAGCGAGCUCGCGCACCGUGUCGACGAAAUCACCCGUCAGCUGGACUCAAUUCAAAGGCGCCUGGAUCAAAGCCUGAAGCUGCGUCCACAAAAACGCUCCCAAAGCCAAGACAACAACGCCACUUCAUCGCACGGAAACAGUAACGGCCCCUGCUACUACCAUCGCCGCUUCGGGAACAAAGCCCGGAAAUGUCAACCACCUUGCUCAGCUGGACAUCAGGGAAACUUCAACGGCAGCCCAUAG